AUGGCGCUGAAACACUUAAUAGCAGUGGUGGGCCUGAGCGGCUGCUCUGGUGUGCUGACGGCCAAAGCGCAAUCCACCUCCACUGGUGCAGCAUGCGCAAGUCCCAUUGCCCCACAGAAUGGUGCUCCUUCGGUGGCGCCGGGGUUCCGUGUCGAGGUUGUGGCUAAUGGCCUGAGGGAUCCACGCGGCAUUAUUUUUGAUCGGGAAGGUGGGCUGUUGGUCGUCGAACAGGAGCAUGGGGUUAGCCGGUUGAGUAUGACUGGUAAUGGCCGGUGUAGGGACGUGCAGAUGGUGGUUGAGGAUGACUCUUUGAACCAUGGCAUUGCUUUCUCGCAGGAUGGAAAUACGCUCUAUGCAUCAUCCCACAGCAACGUCUACGCUUGGGACUACGAUGCAUCCGAGGGUAAGACUACAUCCGAACCCCGUGAUGUCGUCGAAGGCAUGGGAGACGACGAAGGUCAUACUACGCGUACCCUUCUCAUGUCCGAGAAGGUUCCUGACAUGCUACUUGUCUCUCGUGGUAGUGUGGGUAACAUCGACCUCCAGACCCUGGAUGUGACUACAGGAGUCUCGACAAUUAAAGCUUUUAACGUAGGCAACAUGACCGGCUCCGCGUACGAUCAUGCUUCAAGCGGACUGCUGCUAGGUUGGGGUCUGAGGAAUUCGGUAGGAGUAGCUGAGGAACCCAUCUCAGGUGGUAUAUACUCUGUCGAGAACAGUGUCGACAACAUCGAACGUAGUGGAGAGACUAUCAACCAGAACAACCCUGGUGAAGAACUGAACUUCCACGGUUACCUCAAUGGAACUGGGAGCGAUGUACAAGGUGGCAACUAUGGCUACCCUUCGUGCUUUACAGCAUGGAACAGGUCCGAGAUUCCGGAUUUCGGUGGCAUGACGGGCGAAGCGUUUGCUAUUGGAAACCAGAACGCGACUGUCAAUGAUACCUUCUGCGUGGAAGACCGUAUCGCUCCUAGAAUCACGUUCGAUGCUCACAUGGCUCCCCUAGACAUCAAGUUCAACCCUGACGGCACUGCCGCAUGGGUAACGAUGCAUGGCUCUUGGAACCGCGAAGAGCCCAUCGGCUACAAGCUCAGCCUUGUCCAAUUCGACGGCAAGGGCUCACCUGUCGAGCUCGCGAACAGUACCACUGCUGCUACCGAUAUUGUCUCCAAUCCUGACCUCUCCGCUUGCCCUGACUCCUGCUUCCGCCCCGUCGGCCUUGCGUGGGAUUCCGAGGGUCGCUUGUACAUGAGUUCGGACUCUACGGGCGAGAUAUUCGUCGUUACGAGGGAGGAUGGUAGUGGUAUUGCGGAUGUGAGCGAGGCGGCUGACGCGAGAGAGAAUGAGAGCCCGACACCGUCUGGAACUGGAGGUGUAUCGACGCCGACUGAGACAAGCGGUGCUGCGCUGAACUUGGGUGUUGGAAGCGGAAGUUAUCUGGCUGUGGGUGUCGCUGUUGUCGGCGCGCUUCUGUAA